AUGACUACUUUGGAUGAUAAACUACUUGGUGAGAAGCUCCAAUAUUAUUACAGCAGUAGUGAGGGAGAGGAUGAAGACAGUGAGAAAGAAGAUAAGGAGGGAGAGAGCACCAUUCCUGACAGCGUUGGGGAAGUAGAGCUUAGCAGCGAUGGCAGCGCGGUCAACACAGGUCCCAAAGGAGUCAUUAAUGACUGGCGAAGAUUUAAACAACUGGAGACGGAACAGCGGCAGGAGCAGCGCAGAGAAAUGGAACGACUCAUUAAAAAGUUAUCUAUGACAUGUAGAUCUCACUUAGAUGAAGAAACUGAUAAGCAGAAGCAGAAAGAGCUUCAGGAAAAAAUCAAUGGAAAGAUGACAUUACAAGAAUACAACAUGAUUCACAAUGGUGAAGAUGAUGAGGAAUUUUUGCAGCGAUACAGGAAGCAGCGAAUGGAGGAGAUGAGACAGCAGUUGUACAGUGGGCAGCAAUUUAAACAGGUUUUUGAGAUUACCAGUGGAGAAGCAUUUUUGGACACAGUUGAUAAAGAGCAUAAGAGCACACUGAUCAUGAUCCAUAUUUAUGAAGAUGAUAUCCCCGGCACCGAAUCCCUGAAUGGCUGUAUGAUCUGCCUGGCAGCUGAGUACCCAACAGUUAAAUUUUGCAGAGUGAAGAGUUCACUCAUUGGUGCCAGCACUCGCUUUACUAAUAAUGCUCUGCCAGCUCUGCUGAUCUAUAAGGCAGGUGAGCUCAUUGGCAAUUUUGUGCGAAUCACUGACCAGCUCGGAGAAGAUUUUUUUGCUGUAGACCUGGAGGCUUUUCUGCAGGAAUGUGGUUUGCUGCCAGAAAAAGACCUAGUGCUCCUGACUUCUAUACAUAAUCCAUCUGCAUGUUACAGCGAAGACAGUGAUCUGGACAUAGACUGAACCACUUACACCAAGCGGUCCGUAGGUGUAGUUGUACUGUGGGAUGUUCUUGUGCUAGGGAUUGUUCUCUUUCUUCCUUAGAGUGGGUAUGUAUUCUCCCACUUCGUGCACUUUGACUUCUGUUCAUUAAUUAAAAAUUCAUUUAAAAUAAGGAAUUCCUAACA